GUUUCAUUUAAACAAACGAAGAACAAUUUUUAAAAUCUAACAGCAUAACAUCUAUAGUAAAACUAAUGUAUUAUUUUACAUUUUUAAGGCAGAGGUUGGACUAGAAAAAUGAGAUCUCCAAUUGUUUUAGCAGUCUUUUGUCUCGCCAGAGUGGUCAAUGCCCAAACAGACAACAUCGAUAUGAUGGGCAUCAUCAACAUGUUGUACAUCAAGGCUGAUCAGAACAGCGACGGCUCCAUCGCCCCAGAGGAGCUGGCCAAUAUCUAUGAGUUUAUGGACCAGGACCAUAACGACCAGGUCAGCAAGUCAGAGUUCACGGGCGUGUGGGCGACCUUGACCGGAUACAACCAGGAGACGUGCGAGGCUUAUUUCUUUCUGGCUGACCUUGAUGGCAACGGUUACAUCGACCGUGUGGACGACAACAACAUCUACGCCAGGUUUGAUCUGAACGGGGAUGGAACUGUUCAGGCACAGGAGUUCAUGAUCAAGUACUCAGAUGUGUAUCACGAAGUCCCCUUCGUCAUCCUAUUUGAGAGAGUUGAGAAGGACAACAACAACGACCAGCACUUGACUAAAACCGAGUUCUCCCAACUGUUUAAAUCAUUUAAAACUGCAGCCGACGGGUCAGUGGCCAAGGCCGACUUCUUGAAAACAUGGACAGACAGUAAGUUCGGAUCUCAGCAGGACGCAGAAACCGUGUUCAAAUCGUUCGACGCCAACAGCGAUGACGUCAUCUCAACGACAGAAGUCGGGGACAAAUUCUCAGCUCUGGACAUCAGCGGAAACGGUUCAAUAGAAAUUCUGGAAGCGAUUGCUCUAGGCGAAAAGGCCCAAGCAUAGAGUGAGCUAACUUUGGACGGUUUUCAUGAUGAUUUAGUCGAUUUUCCGAUUGUUUUAAAUAAAUAUAUAUUGCAAAUCUGAUUUGAAGAACUA